AUGUUGUCCAACUUGCUUUUCGUUACGAUCCGCAAGGAUACCUCUUCAAUUGAGAGAGCCGUCCUCGACCGUAUGGGCCCUCAAUUGGGCGGCUCAAGCAAGAACUCUUCGGGAGAGCUAGACAGUCUCGGCUGGCCAAGCAACUGCACCAAUGCAUGUGCGCCCUACACCGCGGUCAUCGAAGAGAAAGGUAUCUGUGACACGUACAGUGGCGUUGAGGCCAACGCGACUUGCACUUCGGGGUACAAGAUGAAGAUCUGGGAUCAGUGUGCCGGCAGCGUUGAGGGCAUUGACAUGAGCAAGGUGUCAGCAGGACACUACGUUGCCACUGUGUCCGCCGCAUCUGCUUUCAUAGCGAUGGGUGCAGGCAUGCUGAUCUCCCUUGUGUGA